CCGGCGGGCGGACUCGGAGCGGGCGGCGGAGUGACCGGGCCAGCUGUCCUGACACCAACCCACCCGCCUCACUCAGUAGCCAUGAGAGCUGCCUACCUCUUCCUGCUGUUCCUGCCUGCAGGCCUGCUGGCUCAGGGGCAGUAUGACCUGGGCCCACUGCCGCCGUUCCCAGACCACGUCCAGUACACCCAUUACAGCGACCAGAUUGACAACCCGGACUACUAUGAUUACCAAGAGGCCACUCCUCGGCCCUCUGAGGGACAGUUCCAGUUCCAGUCUCAGCAGCAAGUCCAACAGGAAGUCAUCCCAGCCCCCACCUUCGAGCCAGGAAACACAGAGACGGAGCCCACAGAGCCUGGGCCUCUUGACUGCCGCGAGGAGCAGUACCCGUGCACCCGCCUCUACUCCAUACACAAGCCCUGCAAACAGUGUCUCAACGAGGUCUGCUUCUACAGCCUCCGCCGAAUGUACGUCAUCAAUAAGGAGAUCUGUGUCCGCACAGUCUGUGCCCAUGAGGAGCUCCUCCGAGCUGACCUGUGUCGGGACAAGUUCUCCAAGUGUGGUGUGAUGGCCAGCAGUGGCCUGUGCCAAUCUGUGGCGACCUCCUGUGCUAGGAGCUGCGGGGGCUGCUAGGGUGCAGAUGGCACCCCAGCCCGCCCCUCCUCAGAUCCGGGGCCCUCGGGUCCUGCUUGACCUGGUGCUUUCCUUCCCGGCCCGACGUUCCUUUCAUUCUGUUAAGAAGUUAGUGGACUGCGGCCCAGGGGGUUGUCUCAGGCCCUCCCCAGACUGGCCACCCCUGAGGCACAGUGGGAGCUCCCCACAACCCACCCUUCGCCCCCAGGUGGGGGGCAUCCUGGGCCUCUCAGUGGGACCUGGGCCUCUGACAUGCCUUCUCAGCCCCUCUGAGGAUAGUCCCCCACCCCUGAGGUAGGCUGUGCCCCUCACCCCAGCUGGUCUGC